AAGAAGCCAUCGAUCUCUCUCGUCUCAUUUCUUCGCCAAGCGCCUCCCAAUCCCUCCGCUCUGUUUAGGUUCCUUUCUCUCGCCCGAAGGCUUCGAUAAUUCUAUUUCGCCUUUCGUUUCGGAAGAGAUUUCGAUUGUCUUUUUCGGAAUUCGGAAGCAAAUCCCAAAGAUCGGAGCUCUUGAUGAAGAUUUCUGCUGGAUUUCUGCGUUUUUUUCGCAAUUUUUUGAUUGAGAUUUGAAGCGCAGUCUCGGAGAUCUCUCAAGCUGGAAUGUUUUAAGCGUUCGUUCCAAGAACUCGUUCGAAUUGAUCGGAUCGGUGGCGAGUUUAAGGAUCCUGCGCGAUCUCAAGAGCUUGCUUGCUUGAUUGAAAGGAUUGUUGUUCCAUCACCCAAGAAAAAGGAUUGGAGCUAGGAUUAGUGUUUGGUUUGAUUUGAUGUUUGGAUCGGCAUGGGAGUAGAUUACUACAACAUCCUGAAGGUGAACCGGAACGCCACCGAUGAGGAUCUCAAGAAGUCGUAUCGGAGGCUGGCGAUGCAGUGGCACCCGGACAAGAACCCUACCAACAAGAGUGAGGCCGAGGCCAAGUUCAAGCAGCUCUCAGAGGCCUAUGAGGUUCUAAGCGAUCCACAGAAGAGGGCAGUAUAUGAUCAAUAUGGAGAAGAAGGCCUGAAAGGGAUGCCCCCUCCGGGUUCCCAAAGUGGGGCCCCAUUUGCUCAUGGCUCAAGUGGUCCCAGUAAUUUCCGAUUCAAUCCUCGAGAUGCAGAGGAUAUUUUUGCUGAGUUCUUCGGAAGCAGCCCUUUUGGGUUUGAGUCCAUGGGGCGUGCAAAGUCCACAAGGUUUCAAACAGAUGGUGGUGGGACUUUUGGUGGAUUUGGUGGGACAAAGAAUACCUUCAAAUCAAAUACCAAGGGUGCUGGUGCCAGUGGAGGCCAGCCUCGGAAAGCACCACCUGUGGAGAGCAAGCUCACAUGCAGCCUCGAAGAACUCUAUACUGGAUCAACAAGAAAGAUGAAGAUCUCAAGAAAUGUCAUGCGACCAAAUGGGCGUCUGGUGCCCGAGACAGAGAUCUUAUCGAUUGAUGUGAAGCCUGGAUGGAAGAAAGGAACCAAGAUAACAUUUCCAGACAAGGGGAACGAGCAGGCAGAUCUAUUACCAGCAGACCUUGUAUUUGUCAUCGACGAGAAACCUCAUGAUGUGUACAAGAGGGAUGGCAAUGAUCUUGUGGUCUACCAGAAGAUUCCAUUGGUGGAUGCACUUGCAGGGACCUCAAUAAACCUCACGACCCUCGACGGGCGCGACCUUGCAGUCAAUGUGAUCGAUGUUGUGACACCUCGGUAUGAGCUUGUGGUUGCAAAUGAAGGGAUGCCGAUCGCCAAAGAGCCAGGGAAGAAGGGAAACCUGAGGAUCAAGUUCGAUGUUAAGUUUCCUUUAAGAUUGACAGCUGAGCAGCGGGCAGCCAUUAGGCGCAUCCUGGGAGGGUAACUGCAGAAAAAUGCAGGGUACUAUAUGCUUGAGACACAAGCACCAGUGUUAACUCUUCAUUUAUUCCAUGCUAAAUCUUCUAAUUAUUUUUGUUUUUUUUUUCUUGAUAAGUAUUGUUCAUUAUCUUUUUGUACCAAGUAACUUCUUCGAAUGUUGUAAUAGUUCAAAAUGUCAAUAGCUAUUUGAAGGCGAGAUGAAAUUUUAAUUUUUCAAUACAACCACCACAUAUUGUGGCGGACCUUGUGUUGGAAAAGCCUGUUUGCAAA